AUGAACACUGAUGACUUGGAAACCUCUGUUGCAAUUGAAGCCACGGCUAACGUAGACGAAGUGGACGAUGAAGAAGUAUUGAAAGCUUCAAACUUGGACAUUGUGGGUGCAUUAAACAACUUGGAUCUCGAUGAAGAUUUCUCCAUUCCAGUCGAUUCAAGUGACCGUGAUGAUCCCACUGCCGCAGGUACUGCUGGUACUGCUGGUACGGUUACCACGAAGAACGAACAACAAACUGCUGUGGAGUCUUCCUCCUCGUUUCACUUCACUCAGUCUGUGCCACCACCACCACCACCACAUCAAAUGUACUCGUCUCAUCAUAUGCCACCAAACCAGCCAGGCCAGUUCAACGCCUUUGGUACCAACGUGACGCCUAACCCAAAUACUUGGUCACCUCUGAAUGGAACCUCCGGAGUUUAUCCACCGGAAGUUGGUAUCAACAUCCAGCACUUGAAGUUGGACCCACCAGCAACAACGACCGAACCCGACGCGAAAGAUGCUUCUAAUCUGGAGAAUAAGCAAAGUGACAAUGACACUACUUCUACUUCUAAGUCGAACAACAAAUUGCAAAGUCCUUCUACCGACAAUUACUUGGGUGGUUUUCCUCCAUUUGUCAAUCAAAGGGUCCCCCAUUCACAAUUUUUGAAUGAUGGUGGUGGUGCUUUCUUUGGUGAUAAUAGUCAUAGCAAUUAUAUGAAUGGUCCAGCAGGACAGAUUCACCACCAUGGAUACCCUGUUCCACCAUUCGGCACUGCUGCUGCUACUGAUGCCAACGGGAAGAGUUCUAAUUAUCCAAUGGGUGGCCCUCCUCUUUGGCAGCGGCCCAUGGCUCAGCUCAAUCAUUCAAUGUUGUCUAAUAGUGGCAGUAAUGAUUCCAGAGGCAAUAUUAACGCAGGACCAGAGUCAGCAAUGGGUGGAAACAUCAAUAACAGCAACCAUACCAACAAUAACCAUAGUAAUUAUGGAGGCCGCUUUAAUAGAUCCCAUUACGACGGUAGCAACAACAAUACUUCCAAUAACUAUAGCAAUCAUCAUCAUAAUAAUAAUCAUCAUGGUGGUAUUCGGAGAAACGACUUGAACUCCCAUCGUAAAAUGAACAACCGCAGGAAAGGUGAUGAUGCUUCAAAAUACGUCAAUGCUCGUUUAGAGGAUUUCACGGGAGAAAUCUAUUCCUUGUGCAAGGACCAACAUGGAUGCAGAUUCUUACAACGUCAGUUAGACUUGGGAAACGAGCUAGAACAAGCAGGAGUCAACAACUCUGAUAUCAAUGGACAGGUAUCGACAACAAAGGAAGUAGCUGCUACAAUGAUAUUCAAUGAGAUUUAUCUUCGAAUUAUUGAGUUAAUGGUUGACCCAUUUGGGAACUACUUGAUUCAAAAGUUGUUUGAGAACAUCUCCACUGCUCAGCGGACGAUUUUGGUUAAAAAUGCAUCACCAGAGUUCAUUCGGAUUGCCUUGGACCCUCAUGGGACCAGAGCAUUGCAGAAGUUGGUGGAAUGUAUUGACACCAAGGAAGAGUCAAUGCUAAUCAUAGAAAGUCUAUCACCACACAUUGUGACAUUGUCACGUGACUUGAACGGUAAUCAUGUUGUUCAAAAGUGCUUACAGAAAUUAACACCGGAGGAUAACCAGUUCAUCUUUGAAACCGCUUCAAUGCAUUGCAACGAGAUAGCAACCCAUAGACAUGGAUGUUGUGUCUUACAGAGGUGUUUGGACCAUGGAAAUGCCGACCAACGCGAACAAUUAUCGUUGAAAGUGGCCGAGAAUGCUACCAGUUUGUCUUUGGAUCCUUUUGGAAAUUACGUGGUACAAUAUGUUUUAAGUCGAGGUGAUGGAGCUUCUAUAUCCAUUAUUUUGGAUCAUAUUCGUGCCAACGCAAUCAAAUUGCUGUUGCAUAAGUUUGGUUCCAAUGUAAUUGAAAAGUCUUUGAGAAUUAAUAAGUUGACAGAAUCACUCAUUUCUGUACUACUCGAAAACUCAGAUAAGUUUUCUGAUUUGUUGAAUGAUGCUUAUGGCAAUUAUGUGCUUCAAACUAGUUUGGAUGUGGCCAAUGGAAGAGAUUUGGCCAAGUUAGCCAAUGUACUACAACCACUACUUGUUAACAUUAAGAAUACUCCCCAUGGAAGAAGAAUCUUAACGAAAAUCCAGAAUGUUUGCUAA